AGCCGCAAUCACCCAUCGACACACAAAAAAGCUUUUCCGUCGAGCCCGUCUUUCUUCCGGUAGGCAUAAACUUGCAGAGCAAACCGUCCGUCGCGUUGUGCGCCCGCCGCGCGCGCCGCCGUUGCUCCGUUGUCGACAGCGUCGAUCAUCGACAUGUUGCGAUGUUGCCUAAAAAGUACAAGUAUUUAUCUGUCGCUGCGAUGCGGUGGUUUGAGCCUAUAUCUAUCUAUACCAGUCACUAUGUAGAAAAGUAAGUUCAUCGCAGUACCCCGAGUUAAAGAGCGUGUAGAGUAGAUUCACAUGCGUCAUCGAAGCUGGUAUAUGCUGACGAGUUCGAGAUGACUACAAUAGUAAAUCCCAUUGCUUAGAUAUUAUGUAGGUACAUUGCUAGAUAGAGCUCUCAAGCCAUUCAUGCUGCGCUAUUCAAACGAAAUUCCUAGUUCCGAUUUGCAAAGUGCGCGCAUGGUGGUUCCCUCCGCAAAAUUAUCAUUGACUCUAGCCUCAGAUACCGAGAUCUUCAUAUGAGAUCGAGAUCGCCAAACACCAAACACCAAACGCCAAAGCUCCCGUGGAGGGACCUGCAUCGCUGGUCUUUCUGUCAUUGUUGAGUGGUUGGUUUGGUUCAGUUUAUCAGUGGCGCUAUAUAAGUUUGCUUCAACUAAGAUUCUUGCUAGUGAAUGAUCAAAUAUAAGCUUGUAAAGACUUCAGCGCUGGCUGGCGGUUCCGUGUACAUUAUUGAAAUAAUAUUUCAACCGAUCGCCAUAAACUUGAUUAAAUAUCCAAAAGUGCAGUGAUAUUCUACCUAAAUAAAACGAGUUAAACAUAAAGUUAGUGCAGCUUAAGAAAGGCUUUAAGCAGGUAUAACUGCAGUUGUGUCCAAUAGUUCUGUUGAAGAUAUUUCUCUUUUUCGUUUUUAAAAGUGGAAGUGAACUUGUUGAAGAAGUGAGCACAAAUAAACCAUAAAUUAAUUAACUCAAUUUGUGUGUUUUUUUUUCUUUAAGUUUUAUCCAAAGUGAGCUAAUAAUAUACUCGUACAACCUGCAAAUAUAUAAGUCAUUCAAUUUGUUCCAAUUUAUAUGGAAUUGAUUUAAAUUAACUUGAAACAGAUUUUUUGUUUUGAAACUCACCCUCAGUGUUUAUCGAUACUUUAAAAAAUAACAACACGAAAACAAAACUUAGAUCAUGGGGUCGAUUCCACAACUAUCUAUUAUCAAAGGUCCUCAAAAGGAGUUAAAAUCGCGGAAUAUCCAUAGAAUCUUUGAAGAAAACCUUCCUCAAUAUUCCUGCAAAUCGGCUCUAAUUUACAACGAUGAACUUCCAUCGGGAGUUAUUUCAAGAGCGUUAACCUAUCAACAAGUCAACGAGAAAUCAAAUCAAUUUGGUAGAUUUUUUCUUCGUGAAUCUCUUAAGCGCUCAUUGAAGCCAAAUCAAGAUAGUGACUAUGUAAUUGCUGUUUGCAUGCAACCAUCCGAUACAUUGGUUAUGGUGUUGCUUGCAACGUGGAAGGCUGGUGCAGCAUAUUUACCAAUCGAUCCAAGUUUUCCUGCCAAUCGAAUAGAGCACAUUUUAAAUGAAGCCAGUCCAAUAAUGGUUAUAUGUGAUAAUGACAUCGAUCGAAAACUCUUCGGUACAACGUGCACUUUGAGUGUGAACGAACUUUAUCAGAAAUCACAUGAAAUGCAAACGAGUAAUAUUCCUGACAGCAAAAUGUUAAAUAUUGCAAAAGAUUUAGCUAUUAUAUUAUAUACUUCAGGAAGCACUGGGAUUCCUAAAGGUGUGCGCUUGCCUCAUUCGAUUAUAUUAAACCGUUUACAAUGGCAGUGGGACUCGUUCCCAUACACUUCUGAUGAAUCAAUAGGAGUAUUCAAGACGGCCCUGACAUUUGUUGAUUCAAUUUCAGAACUCUGGGGUCCACUUUUAAACGGUAUGGCAAUUCUAGUUAUUCCAAAGAUAAUCACAAAAGAUCCCGAGAGACUGGUUACAGUAUUGGAUCAGUACAAGAUACGUCGAUUGGUGCUGGUGCCAACGCUCUUGCGCAACAUUCUCAUGUACCUGCAAAUGAGUGGCAAAUCAAAUGUGAAACUUUUGCACAGCCUUCAGAUUUGGGUGUGUUCUGGAGAACCGUUGCCAGUGCAAUUAGCCGAGAGCUUCUACGAUUACUUCCAAGAGGGUGUCCAUGCUUUGUAUAAUUUCUAUGGCUCCACAGAGGUUAUGGGUGAUGUUACCUACUUUGCGUGCGAGAGUAAAAAACAAUUGAGCCAACUUGAUCGUAUUCCUAUAGGACUUCCGAUAGACAAUACUGUGAUAUAUUUACUGGAUCAGGACUAUAGACCUGUUAAGAAUGGUGAUAUUGGUGAAAUCUUUGUAGCUGGAUUAAAUCUUGCCAGUGGUUACGUUAAUGGACGUGAUCCUGAACGUUUCUUCGAGAAUCCUCUUGCCGUUGAAUACAAGUAUUCUCGCCUAUAUCGUACUGGUGACUACGGAUCACUUCAAGGUGGAUAUAUUUGUUAUGAAGGUCGUACCGAUUCACAGAUUAAAAUUCGUGGACAUCGAGUUGACCUGUCCGAAGUUGAGAAGAACGUUCUUUCAAUUGAAGUUGUCGACAAAGCUAUUGUACUCUGCUAUCAUGUGGAUCAACUUGAUCAAGCUCUUUUGGCAUUUGUCAAACUCCGAGAUGAUUCUCCUCUUUUUACGGGUCUUCAAAUAGAAGCAGCAUUAAAGAACAAACUGGCAGAUUAUAUGAUACCUCAAGUUGUAAUCAUUGAUCGCGUACCUCUUUUGGUCAACGGAAAAAUCGACCGGCAAGCACUUUUGAAAACAUACGAAACCGCCAAUAACAACGAGGACGACACAGUUAUAGUUCUUGAUUUUGAUUUUACCCAAGUUCCGGAAGAUCUUAAGCUUAUUGCAAGGGAUCUCUUUGAAACUGUGGGAAGUGUUAUUGGUCGUUCAACCCGUGCAACAUUGACACCAAAUAGUAAUUUCUAUGAACUCGGUGGCAACUCGUUGAAUUCGAUAUUUACCGUUACUUUAUUGCGUGAAAAAGGCUACUCAAUUGGUAUAUCAGACUUUAUUCGUGCAAAGAAUCUGGGUGAUAUUAUUUACAAAAUGGCUAAAAAUGAAAAUUCCGAACCGAUGGAAGAAGAGUGGACAAGUGCCUGCCCUCACUUGAGCAUGAAAGCGUUUCCACUUACGUUAAGUGAUAAGGAUGAUGUCAUUGAAAUCAUUGUAGAAAGUUUCUAUGGAAAAGCUGAUUUGGAACAGUGGCUGAAGCCGGAUAUUAUGAGAACAGAUUACAGCGAUAUUAUAAAUGACAUAUGGACAGUGCUGGUUGAAAAGAACUUGAGUUUUAUUGUAAAAGACGUAAAUACAAAUAGAGUAAUUGGCACAGCUUUAAACUUUGAUGCUCACGAUGAACCGACAGUUGAAGUUAGCUCACGACUCUCUGUGGUUUUUGACUUUCUUGAAACUCUAGAAGGUCCAAUAAGAGACACAUACCUGCCAAAGGGACUAAAUACAAUUUUGCACUCAUUCAUGAUGGGAACGAGUCCCGAUUUAGAUCCCAAAGAGAACAUCGCAUGUAUGCAUUUUAUGGAACACGAAGUUUUAAAAUUAGCUAAAAUUCGAAAGUUUGUUGGUAUUUUAACAACGAACUCCAGUCCGCUCACCCAGCAACUUGGAUCAGAUGUCUACAAAUAUAAAACGCUUUUGGAUUACCAAGUCAAUAAAUAUGUUCACAACGAUGGAAGCAGACCAUUCAGCAGAGCUCCAGAUUCACAACGAUGCAUUGUUCAUUGGAAAGAAGUUGACUACUCAUCUUAAAAUUCUUUGACUAGCCAAAUGGAAUUAUUCCAGUAUUGCUCAUCCCAACUGACGAUAUUAUUGUAAAUUUAGGAUAUUUUACACUUACAUACAUUCAUACAUUUUUGUUGAUUUUUGUAAAUUUUGAAAAUCAUAUCUUUCCACUGAAAUACUCUUUUAAAAAGAAAACAAAUUAUCAAAAUUGUAUCCACUCUCACAACUCAUUUCAAACCCAUUGUUUUGUAGAUAUUAUAUUGUUCUAAUACUAAAAACAAAAACUUACAGAAUGUAUGUUUUAAAAAUAUGUUGAAUAUUAUAUUAACCGCAAAAAAAAAUCAUAAUUUAAUUUUAGUUUUUAAAUGAAUUUUGUUGUAAAUAGAAAAUUAAAAGUUGAAUCGAAUUUAAUA